AUGAGCGCCCUGGACGCGGUGCGUCGAGCGCACGAGGAGAAAUUCUUCAAGACGGAGCAGGAGGCGGAGGUCCGACGAUACGUCGCGCGCUUAAAGGCGGAGGGACGGUACGAGCGCGCGAUGGCGGAGGCGGAGACGCGGGCGAAGACGAGAGGCGAGUUACGAUCGACGGCGCUCCCGCAGAUCAUGGCGCACUCGCUGCGAUUCGGUGGAACGGAGGAGGCGGAACACGUGCGACGGGUGAUCGAUCGGGAUUUCAUGACGAAACAUCGAUUGGUGACGAAUCUGGGGAAGUACACGGACGGUUUUCUCCUGGGCGGACGGGUGAGCCUUGGUAAGAAUAAGUGGACCGCGGGGACGACGGCGAGUGGAGUCGAGGGAACGACGAUCUUCAGCGUGCACAAGGCGACAGAACUGAUGAGCUCGCAGCCGAAGCACGCGAAGUUCGACGGCGGUCUCGAGACUCGCGCGGCUCGACACAUGGUGGACAACACGUUCGUUGAGGUUGCCGGGAGGAAAAUCAAGCUCAUGCCAGAUCCCACGCCGGGGCGCGCGAUGGCCUGGGGAGGGACGCUCGCGAUUUGGGGCACGGCUGCGAUCACGUUGACGUCGUGCAAGCUUCUGGGUAUCCGUUCAGUCAGCGACGUCGGCGACGUCAUGAAGAGGCACCUCCAACCGUGCGCUGAAUAUAUUCGCGACACGAUGAUGCCUUUGAAGACACGAUUCGCCAUGGACUCGUCGAGCUCCGCGAACUUCAAAGACACCGAUUUCGCACACGGCAUUAGACGCGUCUUCGCGUGA